AUGAAUCAGUGUUUGACAAAAACAAUGCGAGUGACGGCGUAUUUUUUCGACUUAGAUGAACAUUCAAACACACUCUUUCAAUUCAGAACAGUAUGCUACAUCGUAUAUUUCAAUCAGACUACUUAUGCAACUAACAUUAAUCCGCAAGCAUUAGCAGUUCAUGAUCGAAACAAUGACUCAGUACUCGGCAUCAUACCGAUACAAAUACUCUCAAUAUUUUUCUCCACCGAGGAAACAAAACAUACACUCUAUGUGUCAAUUAUUCAACUGAUAUCUUUCCAACUGCAGUAG